UUCAAGUGCUGCAUACAUUUAAAAUCGGAGCUUAAUUCUAAAAAGACUUUUACAAAAUAUUCGUUAUAUUUCGAAAACAACGUUUGAAUAUUUUCUGAGAUUUGACCUCAAUUUGCCUGUCACGUUUCACAUGGAAUGAGCCUUUACAGAUAUUGGGUCAGGUUACAUUGGCGGAUUGGAUAGGUUUGUUUCCUUACAGGUCAAUUUGAGCUUUGAGGAUUAGGGGAAACCUGAAAUUUAAGUACAUAUUAAGAAAUUCCCGGAUUACAUUUGCGUUCCGUUAUUGACUACCUAUGGAACAUAUGGUUAGUUUAUUGGUCAUUUCAGGUAUGAAAUGCCCAAAGCCCGCAAUAAAAAAAUUACGUGCCUACCUGUUGCGUAUAAUAAGACCCGAAGGGGGACCACUAGCUACAGUUGUCGAGCUGCCACCAUAGCUAAAAGACGUGUUCCUCAGUUCAGUUUCUCGAACAUAUCAAGAUGCCAGCAUACACUUGCACCCAGAUCCUGGACGCAUACGCGAAAGACCUGCCGUCAAUAUCCACCAAAUUCACUCUGAACGCAGCCCACUUUAGGCAGCGCGAUCUGAACUUGUUCGUCGACAGUUUGGAAACCAUCUCUCGCCUAGAAAAAGAGAGGGACGAGCGUCGACAGCACCGACGUGAGCAAAAGCUGCAGCAGGCGCGUAUGAACGAGUUGAAGGACGAACGCUGCGCCAGUCCAACUCCCAGUGCCGAUGAGGCCGCUGACGAGCCUCUCUUGUACCUGGAGGCGAAGUGUAUUCCCUAUGCGGUGUCAGAACCCCGGGCUCUGCCCGAAUACUGUACUUACGACGACGAGGCUUACGGAAGUGUCUCCCAUUCAGCGCGCAGCAGUGUCUCCUAUUCUAGUUGCGUCGGCGUUUCUAGUCAGGAUUCAGACUCUGCUGAAUCUGAAGUCAGCUGCUUAAAUACGGCGGCCUUCGUGCGUCCGCGCUCCGUGGUAAUAACGCAAUCCAAGCAUACCUCUACCAGAUCUCGGAUUAUUAAUAUGGUGUUGAAGAGAGAAUACCCCAAGACCCCCUACACCGAACAUCCCGCAGCAAGCGAGGUCAAUCGUGACCAGAACAGACGGCUUACUAACAGUCGCAAAAGUUCGCCGGAACAGACUUUUCUGGACAAGGCCCUGCGCUAUCUUACUUUAUAA